GGGCCUCUCCACCACCCUCAGAGCCUGUCACCACUGCUGCGGGAAAGGCAAAUGGGAGGACGGAAGAUGGCAAGGGAUGAAGAAAAUGCCUAUGGUCCCGAGGACCCGGACGACGCGCCGCCCGCGCACGAGCCCCAGCUCAGGCUCGUCCUGGCCGGCAAGACCGGCGCGGGCAAGAGCGCCACGGGCAACAGCAUCCUGGGCCACAGGCGCUUCCCGUCCAGGCUCGCGUCCACCCCGGUGACCAGGACCUGCGCCCUGGGGAGCCGCCGCUGGGCCCGCUGGCGCGUCGACGUCACCGACACCCCGGACCUCUUCAGCGCCGACGGCCGCCGCGCCGACCCGGACUGCGCCGAGCGGGGCCGCUGCUACCUGCUGUCGGCGCCCGGGCCGCACGCGCUGCUGCUGGUCACCCAGCUGGGCCGCUUCACCGCCCAGGACGAGCAGGCCGUGCGCGGCGUCCGCCAGCUCUUCGGGGCCGGCGUCCUGGCGCGGGCCGUGCUCGUCUUCACCCGCGGGGAGGACCUGGAGGGGGCCUCGCUGCACGACUACGUGCGCGACACCGACAACCGCGCGCUGCGGGCCCUGGUGGCCGAGUGCGGCGGCCGCGUGUGCGCCCUGAGCAACCGGGCCGCGGGCGCGGCGCGCGACGCGCAGGUGGAGGAGCUGCUGGCGCUGGUGGAGCGGCUGGCGCGGGAGCACGCGGGCGCGCCCUUCACCAACGCCGUGUACGGCCUGGCGGAGGCCCUGCGCCACGCGCCCCCCGACCUCCGGCUCCGGCGGGUGGCGCAGCGGCUGGCGGCCGGCGGCCCGGGGCGGGGGCGGGGGCGGGGGCGGCGCUGGCUGGAGAUGGCGCCGCGCGGGUGGCGGCGGACGCUCGUGCUGCUCGGCGGCGCGCUGCUCCUCGGCCUGCUGCUCUGGCGCCUCAGACCAAAGGCCUUGCCGGAGGUCAGUCCCGACUGACGGUCCAAGGAGGACU